AUGCGGCGGAACAACGGUUGGCUGGCCGUGCUGGCCGUCUCGCUGGUGCUGUCGAUCCUACGGAAUAGUUUAGCGGGCGAGCGUUAUCCGCUCGACUAUGAUAACGCCGAGCUGCCGGUUAACCGCAGCAAAACCGCUUACGAAACUUACAAGCCGAACGAACUUACAUCGCCGAGCUCGCGUAGCCGCACAAACCCGUCGACAUCGAGCCCAAUCGCCGAGUCAAGCGACGUGAAAAAUGUCGUCCCGUCGAAAGACCGUUCCGGCAAUCGAACCAACGUGAUAACGCAACAACGAGCAACGAAGCUCGACAAACUGGAGGACGAAGAACAGUCAAACACCGGUCGAUCGAUCCUCCACGAAUCCAACGAACGAUCUGGCGAACGUCGAACGGGCAACUCUGGCGUGCAAGUUGUCGAGGGAUCGAGGGGCUUCGACUUGGGAAUUCCUCAACAGUCGCGUUUAUCCUCGUGGAUGCCUCGUGCCUCGAUAAGGGACGUAUCCAGGUGGAUCAACCAUGCGAAACCGUCGAAAAUCGGUGAACGUGAAACGUCUGAAACGUCUGAAAAAGCGAGCGAACGAGGAAGCGAGCUGCCGCAUUACGGUCACGCGCGACGAAUCGGCGGCGACGAAGGAGGGGAACCAUCGACGAGAGAUCUUUCUCAAACAGAGAGAUUUCUGCAUCUAGAGGGGGCCGAUUCUUCCGGCAAUUCGAAGAAGAUCGUUAGGAAACGAUUUCUGACUGGUUAUUCGGUCUUCUCCGUCUCCCUGAACAGGAGGUUGAACAAACUUGAGAGGCUGAGCAAACUGGUCGUCGCGAGAAGAUCGAAAAACAGACGCGGACGAUCUGUCGGGUACCUGAAAGAGAGAUCAGCGAACCUGGAAAGCCGGCGUGAUUCGUGGCCGCUCUUCGGUAAUGGCGAUCGACAAAAUGACAGAUUCGAGACAGGAUCAAUAGAGGCGCCCGAUCGCGCGGAGGAUACGCGCGAGCUCGAUGAAAUCGCUUCGAGACAAUCGACGACGACGAGACGCGAUGAUCCGCGAGACAAAGGAAGCUUCGAUUCCGCCUCGAUUCGAGGGAAGAGAGAUUCCCUUUCGGCCUUCGAUUCGUCGAACGUCACCUUCCGCGACGAAGGGACGACGAACAAUCGCGAGUCGGGGAAAGAAUCGAGCUUUGAUCCGAUCGAGGAUAACCUCGCGGACCGAUUGACGAUCCCCGCUGGAAAUGAAAACUACUCGAUGAAUGCAUCAAGUGCACACAUACGUCCGAGCGUGUCAGAGGCAAGCGUCUUGUCGGCGUACGAGAACGAUUCAGACGCGGACAGACGUUGGACAUUCGAGUUGCAGUGGCGCGCGGGCGACGAUGAACGCUCGGUGAUGAACGAUAUCGAGAGAAACGAAUCGGCAAACAGAGCCGCCGUGAUUAAUUCGCAGUCAAACGGCAACGCUCCGAGAGAUUCAAACGACGAAUCUGCGUUAACGAGCAACGAUCUAAUUGACGAAACGGGAUUAGACGGGGGAAUCGGCGGAGAAGUGGGCGCAUUUAAGGAGCGAAGGAACGAGGAAGAUGAAGAAAGGUCUGCGCUAACUAGCGUGCCGGUGAAUUCUCGGCGCGGCUCGGCUGCGGCUCGCAGGAAUGCCACGCAUCUAAGACGCAGCGAUAUGAACAGUCUAGCCGCGGCUGGAAGCGCAAGGAAUGCUAACGAUUCGUUUAGAAACUCGUCGACAACGGGGCACGAGGGCGAGGAGGUGAGCAGGAUCGUCGAGAAUUUCAACGUAAAUUCACUGGCUGAGCGAUCGUCUGUAAAUAACGAGGAGCAAGCAGGGUCGAGAGUCUCUCCGACAGUCGCGCCGAACGUCCUAUCGAAAAAUGCCGCUCUCGAGGAAGAAGUGGCGGCUACGAGUAGCGGACGCGAUGACGAAUCGCUGUGGCGAAGUAGCGAGAUCGAUGACGAGGCGACGCCUGUACGAGACAGCCGAGAAUCGAGUGCGAUCGACCAGAUCGAGGUAACAAUAAACGAUCGAGGAACGCUUAAUGGCCCUCCGAGGAUCAGCCUCGAGGAGGGGAAUUCCGUUGACUCGGCGAACCGAAACGUCGGCGAAAUUAAGGCUAAUGAGUCGGCCUUCUUUCCAGCGGGGUCUUCGUCGAACGUCGAGGGUAGCAAAAAGACGAUGGUCGAUCUCGAGGAUCGAUUAACGAACGCCAGCCGCCGCUCACCCGACGAUCGCGACUCGAACGAACGAAAGUCCAGGUCGUCGAAAGCAUCCGCUCCGAAAGCAAGGAUCGAGGACACAGCGACGCCGAACAAAGACGAGACUCGGCGAAAUGUGAGAAACGUUUCGAUCGAUUCCACGACACCAAAGGCCAACGACGAUAUCCCGAUCGAGGCUUCGCGAGCUAGGUCGAACGGUUCGUUUCAAUUUCUCUCGAAAGCUCUGCCGAUCCUGUCGACCACGAUCCUGGCCACCUCGACUACGAAGCAACCUACGGACGAUCCUCUUGCUACGAGCGACGCGACGUUCUCGUCGACCGGCGGCGACCAACUGCAAACCGUGUCCACAGUUCAAUCGUUGAUCAACGACGAGGAUCAGCUGUUGGGCUUCGACGCCACGAUCGUCGUCACGUCGUUGGAGCCGGUCGACGACGAGGACCUUUACACCUCGACUGUGAGCAACGUGUCUUUGCGCGAGACGGACAACUCGUCGCGCGAGAUGGAACAGCCGGAUCAAUGGCCGGUUAAACACAGCGCGGUGGUUGAAGGUGAUUUAGUGUUGGGUGGUUUGAUGAUGGUGCACGAGAGGGAGGACACCAUCACUUGUGGUCCGGUGAUGUCACAGGGCGGUAUACAAGCGCUCGAGGCCAUGCUGUACACCCUGGACAGGCUGAACGAUGUUAAAAUUAUACCAGGUGUCAAGAUCGGGGCCCAUAUUCUCGACGAUUGCGACAAGGACACGUACGGGUUGGAAAUGGCCGUGGAUUUCAUCAAAGGUACGUACACGCACAAUUUCUAUACGUAUGUGUACUGUAGCUUAUCGAUUCGCCGGGGUGAUGGCUGGUGAUUAAUCCACUGCGCACAUAUUCCGCACGAUUAUGAGUGAUUCAUCUAUCAACAGCUUGUUGGAGUGUCAAUCCGAACAGCCAGUCUAUUAUCUCGUUGAAGGAGCUCGAUCGUUUCGUUCCACUGAUUUCCGUAUUGCGUGUUUGUUGCACUGAGACCGUUGAUACGGUUGUGCCGUGCCGAUCGAUAUCUUUGGAUAAUAGUUAGAAGAUAAUUAGAAGAAUUAGUUUUGGAUAAUUGGAAGAAUUAUUAGAUAGUUAGAAGAUAAUUAGAAGAAUUAGAAGAAUUAUCUUUGGAUAAUUGGAAGAAUUAUUAAAUAGAAGAAGAAUUGUUACAUAAUUAGAAGGUAAUUAGAAGAAUUAUUACAUAAUUAUUACAUAACUAGAAGAAUUAGAAGAAUUAUUAGAUAGAAGAAUUAUUAGUUAGCAGGAAAAUUAUUGCAUAAUUGGUAGAAGAAUUAUUAGAUAAUUAGAAGAUAAUUAAAAGAAUUAGUAGAAUUAUCUUUGAAGAAUUAGAAGAAUUAUCUUUGGAUAAUUAGAAGGAUUAUUAGAUAAUUAAAAGAAGAAUAAUUACAUAGUUAGAAGAUAAUUAGAAGAAUUAUCUUUGGAUAAUUAGAAGAAUUAUUAGAUAAUUAAAAGAAGAAUAAUUACAUAGUUAGAAGAUAAUUAGAAGAAUCAUCUUUGGAUAAUUAGAAGAAUUAUUAGAUAGUUAGAAGAAGAAUUAUUACAUAAUUAGAAGAUAAUUAGAAGAAUUAUCUUUGGAUAAUUGGAAGAAUUGUUAGAUGGUUAAAAGAAGAAUUAUUACAUAAUUAGAAGAAGAAUUAUUAGAUAAGUAGAAGAUAAUUAGAAGAAUUAAAAGAAUUAUCUUUGGAUAAUUAAAAGAAUUAUUAAGUAAUUAGAAGAAUUAGUGGAUAAUUAGAAGAAUUACUGCCGCGUAAUUUAUAGAAAUUUAUAAUUCAUUAUAAUUUAUUGAAAGAAAUUGGACGGAACUCGAAUCAGUCUGGAAUGUGA